AUGUUUGCAGGCCGCACGCUGCACGGACUGGCUGCUGUGAUUCCCAUUCUUGUGGCUCUAUCCUGCCUUGGAACACUUAAUGGUGGCUUCUUUGGAGUAUCCAGGAUGCUGUUUGUAGGAGCCAGGGAGGGCCACUGGCCACCAAUCUUUUCCAUGAUUCACAUUCACAGACAUACACCUUUGCCUGCUGUGCUGUUACUGUACCCUUUGACUGUGUUGAUUGUGAUCGUUGGAGAGAUCUACCAGCUCAUCAAUGUUGUCUCCUUUGCUAGCUGGUUUUUCAUGGCCUUAGCAACCUUGGGGAUGGUCAUCCAUUGGUACCGCUUCCCCCUCCACCCAAGACCUUUCAAAGUGCCCGUGGCCAUCACAUUCAUCUUCACAGUGGUUUGCUUCUUCAUUGUGGGUAUGUCUCUGUAUUCAGACCCCUGGAACACAGGGAUAAGCUGUGCUCUCACACUGACUGGAGUCCCAGUUUAUUAUUUGACUGUCCACCACUUCCACCUGCCCCACAGAUGGCGACACAUCUUCAACUACAGCAGCUUACAGCUGCAGCUCCUUCUAGAAGUGGUUCAACAGGAAGUCCAGACAUACUGAACACCCCAAAGACAUCCUGCUUU